GAGCAUACUGAUAUACGACGACGUAGAAGGGUCGUCAGCAGGAGUGAGGUGCAGAUCUUUCGUGCUUCCUCAAUCACCCAGUCUUCUCCCACGGAGAUAGACAAUGGCGUCCCAAACAUCGAGGCUAACAUUCAGAGUACUAUUAGGCAUUCUGGUCAUUUUAGCGCUCUACUACGUCGGCCGCCCUCUCUACUGGAAAAUCUCCGCCACCGUCCACGACAUCCGCCACAACAAACAAACCGUCUCCGGAGGUUUUUCGCAAAUUGUUCAGGAAGCGCAGCGAUCGGUAGGGUGGUUCCACGAUGAGUCCGAUUCGGGAGUGCAUGUUGACCAGAAAUCGGCGGCUGCGAGGAGGCUUCUGUUUGCUAAUCAGUGUUGAGAACUUUGCUGGAUAUAGAAGGCGUAUUAUGCUUUGGUUUUGUGUGCUUAAGUUUGCGUAUCGCGUAUCAUGGGAGAUGGAGAAACUCCAUACUAGAUAGAUGGAAUCACAGAAGGAUGUGAAAACAUAUUGAUUCCAAUGGAAAUCACACCUUCAGGCCAUUUGCUUCUAUAUGAGAUUUUGGGCCCUAGCUUGUCGUGUGGGGAAGAUAUGUGGAUUGUUUUCCUUUGUAUGAUUGUAUACAUGUUAACAUUAUGACUAGUCUAAAAAUUUUUGACACUUGCAAGAGGUUGA